AUGGGAGACAAAUCACAAACCUUCAAGAAUCUCAACCCACCACCCGAUAUACCACCUUUACCUGGUGGAUUUCAACCCCAAACAACCAAAAAUCAUCCAGGUCUUGAACCCAUAACAGUUUUGGAGGCAAUACAAUCUGAUUUGUGUGAAAAUAUUGAUGACACGAAUCCCAAUGUUGCCAAAACUCCAUUACCUACUGGCACUAGCUCACAUGCUCAGACCCAGCCAUCUGUUCCUCCAGUUGCUCCUCCCUCUGCUACAGCCUUACCAGUUAUCAAUGUUGUAGAUCCAGUUACAUCUACCACUCCUUCAGCUCCUGCUCUGGCUAUCAGUCCACCUAUCACUCCAUUUUAUGAUCCUAUGUUGGAUGAGAUGUUGAAGAGGCCACAGACACAGAAUUCUAUAGCAGACACAGUCAGCAGAGCUUCUUACAUUCCAGGCCCGACACCGGGUAGGGCUCCGACACCUAUUUCCACUUCUUCUCCUCCUGUUUGUCAUCAGAAUGUGGAGGCAUCUAUUCCAUCUUUGCAGUCAGCGCAUUCAGAUACAGAGGGCUCACCUCAGAUUGAGGUUCACCAGCAGGGACCUUUUCGAAGAUCUUCUUCUGAUGACUUGGUGGGUUUGGAUGAGAGGACAGAGGAAGAUGGAUUUAUCCCAGUUGUUCGGAAGAGACACCCACAGGCUACUGAUACUCCACAUCCGAGCAGAAGGAUCACUCGGAGUCAGUCACAUGAUACCUCCUCACAUUCUCCUUCCCUAUGA